GAAUCGGAACGGUAUAAAACAGACAAGGGUUGCUUUGUCGUUGUCAGAACAAAUUCCGGCUCGUUCGAUUCUUACACAACAACAAACAACUACAAAAAUGCGUGCUUUGUUUGCAGUCGCGUUUCUUUUCACUGCUGCCCAUGCAUCCCAUUUGUUGGGACCAGUUGCAGGACCACUUAUUGCUCCAGCACCGAUCAUCCGGGGUCCUCAACUUGCCCCAAUCGUUCCCGUCCCAGCAAUCAGAGAAGGUGUAUCCAUUGAAGGACCUUCAGGUGCUGUAGAAACCGGACCAGCUGGAGUUUUAGUUAGAGGACCAGCACCCGCCGUAGUUGCAGGACCUGUCGCACCAGUUGCACCCAUUGCUCCAGUUGCAGCAAUCGGCGCUGUAGGACCAAUCGGAGCUGUAGGACCAGUUGGUCCUAUUGGACCUCUAGGACCUAUUGGACCUCUUGGAGCUAUUGGACCUCUUGGAGCUGUUGGACCUCUUGGAGCUAUUGGACCAAUUGGACCUAUUGGAGCUAUUGGACCUAUUGGAGCUAUUGGACCUAUUAGUCCUGUCGGACACAUUGGAGGCCUUGGACAUGGAAUUAUUGGGGCCCACGGCGGAUUACUUAAGGGAAUACUCCCAGUUGUUGUGUUCGCUGCUUUAACAGCCUCUAGCGCCAGCUUAAUAGGCGGUCACAUCGGAGGACAUGCCACGUUAGUAGGUCCAGGACACAGCGGCGUGCUGUUGAAAGGACCAGCACUGCAGGCGUCACUUGUGGGCUCUGAUGGAAGCCAUAUCUCCGCUGUAGCUGAUGCAGGGGCCCUUCAAGCUGCUCCACGGCACGGGGGUGUUGUAACUGCUGCUGUUUCACCAGGGCACAUUGGAAUUGCAGGCCCAGUAGUACACGCCGCUCCUGUGUUACACGCAGCUCCGAUAUUGCCUGCCGCCCCCAUAAUACAUGCCGCCCCUGUUCUUCCAGCGGUUGCGCCUGUCGUUCACGGUCACGCUCGUGUUGGAACUAUCAUUGAUGGACCAUCAGGUACCAUUAAAACAUCCGGAAAUGCUAACGGUGCCAUUUUAGCGCCCGUCGGUCACGCGAUCGGUGUUGCCCAUCACGGAGCAGUUAUUGGUGGACAUAGUCAUGGAUGGGGACAUCAUUAAGGGUCAAUUGAAAUCCUAGACGUUCUUCUUGAUUGAAUAUGUUUAUUUUGUCGUUUGUUUUUGUGCUGCUACAUUUUUUAUUUUUAUUAGUUGCGGUUUUCUGGAUUUGUCUGAUUUUUUCCAAUUGUAAAUUAUGAAUUUUAAUUAAAAGAUACUGCAAUCAA